GAGAGAGAAAGAGAGAGAGAUACUGUAUGGAGCACUAAAGCAGAGGGAACUCCCUCCUUGGUCUUUUUCAAACGGAAGACAGACCAAAGAGAGCAGACUGCAGGCUUUAAGCACAGCCUGGCAGCAGAGCCAAAGCUCUCUCUCUCUCUGAAGCGGGAUUUCAUUCAGAGCAGAUCCAAGACUCCACUCGGUUUGCUGCUUACAUUGAAAAGUGCCAUCAAUGGGGAAUAUAAAGAAGUAAAAACAAGCCAAAGUGACUGCUUCACUCCUGCAAAUCUCCAGAGACACGCACAACAUCCUGAGGUAACCAUGGAAGCAGGAGGGAGAAAUUUUGCCCUGUUGAUACCAGCUUUGUUAGUUUCGAUGUGGCUGCACGGGAUCCAAGGCUGUCAUACUGGGACGGCCUCGGAGUGUGAGAAAGCUCCCUUUGUUCCCGGCCACAACCUGGCCGGGGAGGGUUUUGAUGUAGUGCGAAUGCGGCGAACAGGGGCAUACGUCAUCAACGUCAAAGCCCAUCUGACUGACAAUCACACCUGUACGCUGUGUCGCAACCGCUUCCACCAAGGACAGAUUCAGAAGCUCCCAGCAGCUGUGCUGGACUGGCGUCCAUUCAGUCGCUGCAGCAAGCAGCUCUCCAGUGCCCUGCAUCACUCCGUAGACUCUCUGCUGCGCAGCUCCAACUCUCUUGUUAACAACAACUGGGAUCUGGGUUUGAGCCUCGAUAACAUUGGCAAGGCCGUGCUUGGAGGAAGCCGCUCUGAAAUGGCCAAGUUUGCUCGUUCGCAGCACAGCGUGGACAGAGCUACCUUCGCCAUUCAUGAAAUCAGCUGCACCUACUACAGCUACAGGCUGGCCGACCACCCCCAGCUGAGCACAGAGUUCACAAAGCAUCUGAAGAGACUCCCGCAGAGUUUAGAAACGAGCCAGAAUCGAGCCCUGUACAGACGACUUAUAGACACCUAUGGAACACACUAUAUCCACCAGGUUCAGUUGGGUGGCAAGGUGAGGCGAGUGACGGCCUUCAGGACCUGCUUGGCCACACUGAAGGGCUUCACUGAGGCAGAAAUCAAAAACUGCCUGAAUGUUGAGCUCCGGAUGGCUCUGGGUUUCCUCCCCUCCAACGCAUCCUUCUCCAAUAAGUGCAACGACCUCCUGAAGGGAAACCUGAGCAUGGGCUUUUACCAAGGCUUCAUGACGCACAAGAUCGAGGUAAUCGGUGGUGAGCAGUACUUUCCCGACAUCCUCUACCAGGAGGAUCCAUCUGAAGCGUACCAGAGCUGGAUGAACAGUCUCCAUGACAACCCCGACGUGGUUUCUUACGGCAUCUUCCCGCUGCAUCAUUUAGUGGAGGACUCACAGAUCAGUGCGAAUCUGAGGAGCGUUGUCACGGAGUAUAUCAAAGAGAACCGGCUGCAGGAGGACCAGCUGGCAUUGAAGAACUGUUCCCCGACGCCCAACCUGGACCACAACUGCUGUCCUCUGAGGGCUGGCAGAGGGACCCUCAGGCUGCAGAUCCACAGGGCUGCCGGUCUGAAGGCAGACACCUUCACAAAAACAGACGCCUACGUGAAGAUCUUCUACAACGGCAUGUAUGAGGAGACGGACACAGUGAUGGACGACAACAACCCAGUUUGGAACGCCACUUACGAUUUUGGCUCCGUGGAACUGGGUCAGCAGCUGAGGUUUGAGGUCUGGGAUAGAGAUGUGCUUUACAACGACGUUGCGGGGACUUGCGUCGUUUUUCCCGAGCGAGGGACUCAUUCUCUCAGCUGUCAGCUGCGCAAAGGAGUUCUUUAUUUCAGCUACACAGCCAGAUGUGACGCUCACUUGACCGGGUUCAGAUGUGGCCGAUACUCCCCAAACGCUGAGUAGAUGGCUCGAUGACAGCACGGCAUAAUAGUUUUAUCUUUUACACAAUGAUUUUUAGGAAGUCAGACUUCUCAAAUUAAUACAUAGAAUCUGUAGUUUGUAUGUACACUUUGUCCUUGUUUUUGACAUUCAAACUUGUAUAUUUGCUUAAGAGCCAUUUCAAAAUAAAUAAAUAACUCUCCUAGAUUCUGUCCUUAGUUCAGUUGUAAUUGCAAUCCGGUCGGACCGCUGUCAGAAACUGUUAUUGCUCAUUUUUUAGUCUAUCCAUUCCGUCGUGUUUGGACUGCAUGUUGAUCAAACGGUGUGUUGCAGUGAGUCUUCAGGCUGCACAUUAUUAAACUUGCUACAACAAAGUACAUUUGUGACACAACUGAAUUUCAUAUAUUUGCUUUUCAAUCUGUUCUUCAGAAUAUCAAUGGACCUUUUCUUCUUGGAGCCAACUGCAACUAUGCAGUGUUUUUUUUCUUCCCCCAAAUCACAUUCCUGUUCCCAUGGUUUCCACUAGAGGCAUUUCUUGAGAAGAACAGUUUGUGAUUUUGUUGUUUUUUGGUGACAUUUUUUCUCUCAAUGUUUGUGCUUCUGACUUGAUGCCAGUAGGUACAAUGUAAUGAAGAGAAAUGUGAUCCACUGUCGAGUGCAGCAGGGCUUCGCCUCACUGGCAGAUUAUGUGAAUUCAUAGUGGACAAAAACAUCUAAUGCAAUUCAGACAUUAUUUUGUGACAUAAUGCAAAUGCUAAUUAAGAGAUGAUGCAUUUGCAUAACAUCGUGGGU